AUGCGAGACAACAUCAAUAAGGUAGCCGAAAGAGGCGAGAGGUUAGACUCGAUCGAAAACAAGACCGAUAACUUGGCCAUCAGUGCCCAGGGGUUCAGAAGAGGUGCUAACAGAGUGAGAAAAGAUAUGUGGUGGAAAGAUAUGAAGAUGAGAAUGUGUCUCAUUUUGGGGGUUAUUAUUGUGUUGAUUGUGAUUAUUGUACCUAUCGCAGUUCAUUUUUCAUAG